GGCUGUGCGUGUUGCAGAUAGUAGGAGGGUCUUGAGGCGGCGCAGUGCCGGAUACGACCAGUCCUACACCCCGCCCUCUUUCUUCCCCAGGGCGCAACUGAGGGCUCUGCAGUACUUCUUCCAGCCGCCUCACCGGCCCGCCGGAGCUUCCGAGCGCACGACAUGGCUAGAGGACACCAGAAGAUCCAAUCACAACAGAAAAAUGCAAAAAAGCAAGCUGACCUGAAGAAAAAACAAGGGCAUGAUCAGAAAGCUGCAGCCAAAGCUGCCCUGGUAUACACCUGUUCUGUGUGUAGGACUCAAAUGCCAGACCCCAAAACAUUCAAGCAACACUUUGAGAGCAAGCAUCCAAAGGUCCCCCUUCCUCCAGAAUUGGUUGGUGUUGAGGCCUAGAUCAUAAGAUUUCUUCCAAAGUACUGACUGUUGCCAUUCCCUGGCUUAUCUGAAAUGGGGCUCUGGAAACAUCCAUAUUUUUAUGCUGUUCCCUUUGUGGGGUUCAUAAAAUAUCCUCUGUAAAUGUACAGUUAUUUACUAAUUUGUAAAUCUCUCAAGUUGGGCAAGUCAUGGAAAUUUUUACAGUUGUAAUUAUAUUGGUUUGAUGUCCAUAAUGUGUAUAAUUUGUUCAAUAAAAGUAGUACCUUGAUUUUAAAA